CCCGUAAGUGACAGUCGUCUAUCCAGGCUCACAACCCCCUCACAUCCUUUCAGGCAUUCUCACGGAGGAUUUAUCUCGAGGCCACUUAGUCUCGGAUACCCUAUUGCUUUUCAGCCUUAUCCCAGUGCUCGGACCGUUCAGAAGCUUGCCUGGCAGAAGGCGCAACCCCGCCGAAAAUGUCGUUGACAAAUUGCCGUUUCUACGAGGAGAAGUAUCCGGAGGUCGACAGCUAUGUCAUGGUCAACGUGAAGCAGAUCGCCGAAAUGGGCGCAUACGUUAAGCUCCUCGAAUAUGACAACAUUGACGGCAUGAUCCUGCUCUCCGAAUUGUCGCGCAGACGUAUUCGCAGUAUCCAGAAGCUUAUCCGUAUCGGUCGCAACGAGGUCGUCAUCGUGCUCCGUGUCGAUAAGGAGAAGGGUUAUAUCGAUCUUUCCAAGCGACGAGUCUCUCCCGAAGAUGUGGUCAAGUGCGAGGAAAGAUACAACAAGAGCAAGGCGGUGCACUCCAUCAUGCGCCAUGUUGCCGAGGCCACCCAGACCCCUCUUGAGACCCUCUACCAGCAGAUCGGAUGGCCUUUGAACCGGAAAUACGGACAUUCUCACGAUGCGUUCAAGAUCUCCAUCACGAACCCCGACGUGUGGAACGAAGUUGAAUUCCCCAGCGAGUCCGUGAAGAAGGAGUUGACGCACUACAUCAGCAAGAGACUCACUCCCCACCCGACCAAGGUUCGCGCCGAUAUCGAGGUUACUUGCUUUGGCUACGAUGGUAUCGACGCGGUCAAGGAGGCCCUGCGCACCGCCGAGGCCAACAACACUGCUGAGACCCAGAUCAAGGUCAAGCUGGUUGCCCCGCCACUUUACGUCUUGACCAGCCAGUGCUUGGAUAAGGCCGUUGGUAUUCAGAUGCUCGAAGAGGCCAUCCAAAGGAUCGAGGCUCGGAUUAAGGAGUCCGGUGGUGGCUGCAUCGUCAAGAUGGCGCCCAAGGCUGUCACCGAGCACGAUGAUGCCGCUCUCCAGGAACUUAUGGAGAAGCGUGAACGUGAGAACAUGGAAGUCAGCGGUGACGAGAGCAUGUCCGAGAGCGACGAGGGCGUUCCUGAGUAAGCUGCCCGCGGCAAACUUCACGGCGGGGUUUGAAGCUUAAGGCUCGCUUCGACGGAGGCGUGGAAAUUAUACGGAACGUUUCACGUACUGGAGUUGGCGGCAUCGCAGGGUGAAGGUUGAAGGCGAUCGUAUACGUGUGUCGGGUAGGGAGCGGAAAAGUUCAAUAGAGUUUCUGGACAUGACACGAUUGAUGAGACGGAAGUACGGCUUAAUGUGCGACGGACGAAAUCGAAAUCAUCAGCAAGGUAGGAAGACGGCAGGGGAAGCCCUAUCCCAUCGAAAACCCUCUCUUCUCAUGGGACAAUGUGCAUGGCAUCAUUGUCUUCAUGCAUUGUUGCUCGGUGGAUGUUGCUUGAAUCUCUGUUGAGACUGGGCUCCGGCCAACAGGAGCUCUCCCAUGAUCUGAUGUACAUAAGCUUUCUUGAAUUAACGAUUCAACCCCAGUGGC